AUGUCGAUUUUGAUUCUGCUUGUGCUUUCUCUUGUUAGCUUCAACUCUGCCUUAACAUCAACAACCUCGGAUUCUGUCUAUCAAACUCUUCUCCGAUGCUUGAACGAAUACAACCCGUCUCACAACGCUUCCGCCAUUGUCUUCUCCAAAUCCAAUCCGUCCUACACAUCCGUUUUGCGGGCUUAUAUGCGUAACGCUCGUUUCAGAACCUCUUCGACGCCUAAACCGGCUAUUAUCAUCACUCCUUUGGAGGAAUCCCACGUUUCCGCCGCUGUAAUCUGUUGCCAAAUGGUUGGUUUCCACCUCAAAGUCCGUGGCGGCGGCCACGACUAUGAAGGCUUAUCUUAUGUUUCCAACGAGCCCUUUUUCAUUCUCGACAUGUUUAAUCUGCGUUCUGUAUCUAUUGACAUCGAAAAUGAAUCGGCCUGGGUUCAGGCCGGCGCAACACUCGGUGAACUUUACUAUAACAUUUGGAAAAGGAGCAAUGUCCAUGGAUUUUCCGGUGGGGUCUGUCCCACUGUCGGCGUUGCUGGCCAUAUUAGCGGUGCCGGUUUUGGCAACUUGCUAAGGAAAUAUGGUGUGUCUUCGGAUCUAGUUGUGGAUGCCAAAAUAGUUGAUGUUGACGGAAAGAUACUUGACAGAAAAGCCAUGAGAGAAGAUCUUUUCUGGGCCAUAAGAGGCGGUGGAGCAGCAAGUUUUGGUGUGGUUUUAGCUUACAAGGUUAAGCUAGUUCUUGUGCCCGAGACUGUCACCGUUUUCAAAGUAGAAAGAUUUCUAAAAGAUAACGCCACUGAUAUCGCUUUAAAGUGGCAGUCCAUUGCUCCGACGACGGAUAAGAAUCUGUUCAUGAGGAUGAUUUUGCAACCCUCUACUUUAAACAAUCGAACAACGCUUAGAGUAAAAAUCAAGGCUUUGUAUUUGGGUGAUGCCAAUAGCGUUGUCGCCAUGUUAGGCAAGGAAUUCCCGGAAUUGAAGCUAACGAAAGAGCAGUGUAUCGAAAUGAGGUGGAUCGACUCGGUUCUUUGGUGGGCAAAUCUCGACGUGAGAACAUCGCCUACCAAGUUGCUGGACCGAGAAAUCGGUCGCACUGGUUUCCUUAAGAUGAAAUCAGAUUAUGUAGAGACUCCAAUUCCCAGAGAUGGAUUGGAGCUGCUAUGGAAAAAGAUCAUUGAACUGGGACAUGUUGGAAUGAGUUGCCAGCCGUACGGCGGGAUAAUGAACGAAAUCAAGGCGACAGACACCGCAUUCCCACACCGCGCAGGGAAUUUGUAUAAGAUACAGUAUGCAGUGAACUGGGACGUACCCGGAGACGAAGAUGAGUGGGACGAACCCAGAAAAGAAGCGGACAUGGAUUACACGAGCCGAGCGAAUAGGCUUCACAAGUUCAUGACUCAGUUGGUGUCGAAGAAUCCGAGGAGGGCUUAUUUGAGUUACAGAGACAUGGACAUCGGAACCACUAAACAUUGGAGCUAUGAAGAGGGCAAAGUGUAUGGGAAGAGUUAUUUUAAUGGAAAUUAUGAGAGACUGGUGGAUGUGAAGACGGCCGUCGAUCCAAAGAAUUUCUUCAGGAAUGAACAAAGCGUCCCUCCCCGCUCAACUAAGUAA